UAUUUGCUUUACUCUUCACUGUAGAGCUAUUGUCGGUGACUACCGAAGCUUCACUGAACUCAAGCCUCUACUGAGAGAGAGAGAGAGAGAGAGAGGGCUUGAAGAAGACUACCCACAAAAUCAAAAUCAACAAUGGACACAACAAUCUCUCCUUCACAAAUCCCUCUGCUUUUGUUUGCCAGAGUCUCAGGUCUCAUUGUUGCAAUUCUUGUCCUCAUUUGGGCUCUUGCCUUCAAGACUAGUUUCCUCUCUCACUCUCAAUCCCAAGAAGACACCAUCUAUGCUGUGCUUCAUCCCUUGCUAAUGGUGAUUGGGUUCAUACUCAUCAGUGGAGAAGCGAUUUUGGUGCACAGAUGGUUGCCAGGUUCAAGAAAUUUGAAGAAAUCAGUGCAUUUGUGCCUGCAAGGAGUGGCUUUGGCUUGUGGGAUUUUUGGGAUCUGGACAAAGUUUCAUGGAGAAGAUGGGAUUGUGGCUAAUUUCUUCAGUAUGCAUUCAUGGAUGGGUUUGAUUUGUGUCUCCUUGUUUGGGGCUCAGUGGUUGAUGGGGUUCUUGAGCUUCUGGCACAGAGGGGAGGCGAGGACAAUAAGGCUUCGAAUCUUGCCUUGGCACGUCUUCCUUGGUCUCUACACGUAUGGUUUAGCAGUGGUGACCGCUGAAACGGGGCUGCUAGAGAAGUUGACAUUCUUACAAACAAAGAGGAAUGUGUUGAAGCAUUCAACAGAGUCCAUGGUUGUAAAUGGUUUGGGACUUGGGUUGGCUUUGCUAAGUGGGAUUGUAAUAUCAGCCGCAGUUUCACCAAAGCACCAUACUCCAGAUGCUGCUAAGAUCAUAUACUCAAAUAAUAAAAAGUGUUUGUCUUCUUGAUUCGUUGAAUUCAAUCUUUAUAGUUUUCGAAUGUAUACAUGCUUGCAAAAAGUGUUUUUGUUGUUGAUAAUCUACUUGUAUGCUUGUUUUAUGAGCAAUUUGAUGACAAAAAUUGGUUUGAA